AUGUCAAACGACGACCCUACUGUUCGCCGAAUCUUACCACAACAAUCCCAAAUGAAUUCCUUUUCCUUUGCGCCGCAGCAAUAUACGCAGCGCGAGACCCAAAAGAACUAUGUGUUCGUUGACGAGCACAACCGCCAUAAGCGGUUGAAAGUUAUGAGGGCUUGCGAAGGUUGCAGAAGACGGAAGAUCAAAUGUGACGCUGCGACUACAAACACAUGGCCAUGCUCGGCUUGCAUAAGGCUCAAGCUUCAUUGCGUACGGCCAAAUGGUUUCGAUGGAGCCAACGACUCGACGACUUAUGACACAACACCCAUGAACCCUUCAGAUCAGUAUCAGCAAAUGCCAAUGCAGCAUCAAGUAAUGAACACAGGCACAAAGAUCUCGCCAGCUGCUAUGUACGGUGCUCCUCAGCCAGGUUACCCUGACCCAAGUGCCCAAUAUCAGCAUGUUCAGUACGAUACUUCUCAGCAACCCGGUGGCAUGCCUUAUGGUGCUGUUGCGCCUUCCGGUUCAAUGAUGGAACAGCAUUAUGCAGGCCAGAAUGUGUUUCCCACUCCUCCAAUGCACCAGCCACCACCGCCUCCUAUAGCUCAGCAGCAACCCUCCCCAGAGGCCUACUCACCUGGAGAAUAUCAACACCAUGACCUUGCAGAUCUCUUGGGAACACUCAAGGUCAAUGAAACUGGUACAGCUCCAUAUCUCAGGAAUAAGGCAUCGUUCAGACGUGAAGAGGAGCCAGCUAUUGAAGACGAUGAGGAGUUCCCAGCCAACUUGCCUAAACCUGCACCCGGUCACAAGAUUCGCAUACCGCCUGAGUUGAUGCCCGAUGACGAGACGGCACUCAAUUACUUCGACCUCUACUUCACACACGUUCACCCUUACGUUCCUGUGUUAUGCAAGACGGUCUUCUACCAACAAUGGAACACUGAUCGAAAUGCUAUUUCGCCCUUGAUUUUGGAAGCUAUCUUUGCUAUGGGUGGACGUUUGGCCGAGGACCCGGGCGAGGGCCAACAAUGGCUUGCUCUCGCUUCCCGACACGCCGAUUCUUUCAUGGACAUUCCACGUCUGAGCACACUUCAAGCCCUGCUUAUGAUUCUCAAGGCUCGCGAAGCUGCACCCAAGCGAGGUUACUAUUAUCGUUCUUGGAUGACUGUUGUACAGUGUGUUCAGAUGGGCAAGGACCUGGGCUUGGAUGAGCAUUACGAGGACCACCAAGCAGGUAUCUCUUGCGAGUUUACCCCAGUUGAGUGUCAACUUCGAAAGCGAUUAUGGCAGUUGGUGUUUGUCUGCGAGGUCAUGGUUGGAGCCCCUCAAGGGCGACACGACCAUGCAGUUAAACUUAACACAGUGGAUUUCACUGCAGCGAGACCAGUUCCAGGAUGCGAAGAAUCCGAAUACCACAUCUCGCGCAAUUUCAGCUACUUCUCUCAGGUUGUGCGAACCGUCGCUACCAUGAGCAAGGUCUACACAAGACUGCGAAGACGAAAAGAUUGGGGCGUUGACCCCGAAUUCCAGCAGUUGGGACAAAGCUUCAACACUUGGCUGACCGAGCUACCUCCGGAUCUGGCCAUUUCCUUCCCGCCAGAUGGAUCGCCUCCUUGGAUUCCCUCGCAUUUUAUUGGAAACAUGCAUGGAUACUACUAUCUGGCCCUAAUUCUGUUCCAUCGACCUAUUCUGUCAUUCCUUGACCCUAAUUCUCCGGACGGACAAUGGAAACGCCAUAUGAUGAUUUGCUACAGCUCUGCCAAAGCAUUGUGCCGUCUUCAGGAGGCAACUCUCAACUCGUUUGGACUUACUGGACUCCAGUGUAUGCAGCGAGGCUUCAGUUUCUCUCUUUACGCGGGCCUCUCUUGCAUUGUCAUUCAUCUGGUUGCAAUUGUCUCACCAGACCCCGAGUUCAACACUGAUGCUCGCGAAUACUUUACAAGGCACAUGAGGGUGUUGGAGAAGGUGAUGGCAGCAUGGCCGAUGCCAGAGUUGGAGAAGCAGAUCAAUGCACUACGAGAUGCUUUCUCAGCAGAUGUUCGAAAGCCAUUCGUCCUGAAACCCAGCUUUCCCUACGGCAGCCCUCACCCUUCCACACACUCCAGCCCUCCUCGCGGUAACGACUCAUUCCGGCCAGUAAUCCACCGGACAGGGUCCAUUGAUCAACAUUUGGAUACACACGGUGCUCAACAAGUCAGUUAUACCAACCACCCCAUUACACCGCCCAUUUCCGCGGGCCCUUUGGACAGCAAAAGUGACUCCCCAGCUGUACAGUCGCUCGUCAUGAUGUCGCAAGGAUCGCAAGCUCCUGGGAUGCCCCAGAGCAUGUCGAUGACGGACCAGCCCGCAUGGAAUCCAUCGCGACUAUUUGAACAAUGGAACACCACAUUUGGUACGCCUACCUCUCACACACAAUCCAACUCCACCCCACCUCACACGAGCCCUCUUAACGCGUCGUCCUCAGGUGCCACGGAAGUUCCCACUAUCCAGGACAUCCAGGCAGUUCAAGCUUCAAUGCCUGCUGGAUCGCAUCAAAUCUCGCCAUCUCAGUACUCGUCUGCACCGGUGCCAAAUUUUGUCACCCCUGCAAUGUGGCAAGAGUCGGUUGCAAGCGUUUACGAGGGUGGGUUGAAGCGAGCAUGGGGCCAGUGA